AUGUCGCAAAUAUCGAAUGACCGUCUUGGAGAGGAUCCAGAGAAGCAAACCCACGCGGAUUCCGACCAAACUGACCCCGAAGCGUCUGCUCCAGACCGACCAGAUACCAGCCAUGACGAGAUAACCGGCGCUGUUCCGCCCAGCAAGACAGUCGCACCCGCUCGCCAAUUCUCCACAACCGACGCUCCUCCAACAGACAAGGUCGAGCUGAAGGAGGAAGAUGCAUGGAAAGAGUUGGGAUUUUGUUUCCCAACGAGGAAGAAAUGGACCAUCCUCACCAUCAUUUUUCUGGUGCAGACCUCCAUGAACUUCAACACCUCGCUUUACUCGAAUGGAAUCGACGGGAUAUCGCAGGAGUUUGGGGUCAGCGCCCAGGCAGCUCGUGCUGGAGCUGCAGUUUUCCUCAUCACUUACGCCUUCGGGUGCGAGCUUUGGGCACCAUGGUCGGAAGAAUUCGGACGAAAGCCUAUCCUCCAGCUAUCCCUCGGGCUGGUCAAUAUCUGGUGUCUUCCGGUUGCCCUGGCACCAAACUUUGCCUCCCUCAUGGUCGGUCGUGCGCUAGGAGGUUUAUCUUCCGCUGGCGGAAGUGUGACCUUGGGAAUGAUUGCAGACAUCUUCGAACCGAAUGAGCAACAGUGCGCCGUCGCCUACAUUGUGUUUUCCUCUGUCGGCGGCUCUAUCCUGGGGCCUAUCAUUGGCGGGUUUGCUGAAGAAUAUCUGCCCUGGAGAUGGACCAUUUGGAUUCAGCUAAUCUUCGGCGUGUUUGUUCAACUUCUGCAUCUCAUCUUUGUGCCAGAAACUAGAACGACCAUCCUGCUGGACAGGAUUGCUCAGAAACGUCGCAAGUCUGGACAGUCGCCCAACCUCUACGGGCCCAACGAGAUCGAGCCUUUCUGGCAGCGCUUUACCUUCAAGGAGCUAAUCUGGACAUGGGUGCGCCCAUUCCGGAUGUUUCUUACUGAGCCUAUCGUUCUCACGCUGUCCUUGCUCUCUGGAUUCUCGGACGCCCUGAUCUUCAUGCAGAUCCAAUCAUUUGUGCUGGUCUACAGACAAUGGGGGUUUUCGGCUGUGGACAUCGGGCUGGCGUUUGUUCCUAUUGGCAUUGGUUACAUCAUUGCCUGGAUCUCGUUUAUCCCAGCCAUCCGACGAAACAGAAAGGAAAGAGCACUCAAGCCUGGCGAUGAACACGCCCAGUAUGAAUCGAGGUUGUGGUGGCUGCUCUAUACGGCACCAUGCCUGCCACUUGGUCUAGUCAUAUUUGCCUGGACAUCUGGAGGCCCGCCGGUGCACUGGAUCGGAACCAUGGUCGGAUCUGCCAUCAUUGGCAUUGCCAACUACUCCAUAUACAUGGCCACGAUUGAUGCAAGUUGCACAUUGCUUUGUCCCACAUUCCAAGAUGCUGACUACACUACAGUACAUGAUCUGCGCGUACGGGCCGUAUUCAGCUUCGGCGACGGGCGGGAAUGGUUGGUCCCGGGACUUCCUGGCAGGCGUUCUCACAGUACCGGCGACGCCCUUCUACACAAAUAUCGGAGGUUCGAAACACCUAGAGAUUGCGAGCACCAUCCUGUUCUGCAUCUCCCUUUUCCUUGUCUGCGCCGUCUACGCCAUCUACUACUACGGACCAGAGCUCCGGAAACGAUCGCCAUUUGCAGAGAACCUGGCUUCCAAGGUGACAAGCGAGGACCAUGGGACGCCUCAUCGUCGUAUUUCGGGACUUCCAAGUAG